AUGUUCAAGGUGUCGAUCUCGAGGCGUCGUUUCGGCGCGAGGUGGGUUGGCGUGAAUCAAGAGCUGCCACGUGUCGUGCAUGCAGUGAAAGGCGUGGGCCACCGGUUUUGUGGUUUUGCCGAGCUCUCCCAUUUUCUUUUCUCGACUUCGCCGAGCUUCUCAAUUCGCCGAUCUCUAUCCGUUUGUUGUGAUGAGGAUCGAUUCGACACGGAAUCCGCUUCGGCAGAGGAGACUUAUAUCACGGGAUCUAGCGCUGAAUCGCCGACCAGGUCAGAUGCCGAUUCUUCUAGCGUGAAUCGGAGCGAUCAGACUCCUGAACGGACGACUGAGGCCUCUGCUACGCCGAGCAGACUUGAGGGUUCACCGACCCUUGAAAUGUCGAAACGAGAUCGGCGCGGUCCCCGAUCGUUACUCCGAGUCUUCGAGAUGAGGAUGUUUUGGACGACUUGCCGCUCUUGA